AUGGAUAUCCCAACUGAGUGCACCGUGCUGGUUGUUGGCGGCGGACCAGGCGGCUCAUAUGCCGCGUCGGUGUUGGCACGAGAGGGUAUAUCGACGAUCCUGCUUGAAGCGGAUACGUUCCCUAGAACGGAGCUUCAUUCAGCUACAACAGCAAGCCUGCGGCAUGCCCAGCUGAACCGCCCAGACACCAACUUCCUCGCAUUUGGCGGCCACGCCUGGAACGUCAUCCGCUCUGAAUCCGACCAGCUACUCUUUGAACACGCCAAAACCUGCGGCGCUAGAGUCUACGACCAAACAAAGGUUGAGAGUAUUGAGUUCCAGAACCCCUUCGGUCUGAACGGUCCCCGUGGUUCGGGCUUUACUUCCAAUCAGGCAACAAACCUGGGCCGUCCAGUUUCUGCGGCAUGGAGCCGCAAGGACAAGACAACCGGGACGAUCAGAUUCAAGUACUUGAUCGACGCGAGCGGUCGGGCCGGUCUAAUCAGCACAAAGUACAUGAAGAACCGGAAAUUCAACAAGGGUCUGAAGAACCUAGCUAUCUGGGGGUAUUUUGAGAAUGCGGGAAGCUACGGAGAAGGAACACCUGCUGUGGGAGGUCCUUUCUUUCCUCGCCUUGAAGAUGGGAGCGGCUGGGCCUGGUUCAUUCCUCUCCACAAUGGAACCACCUCUGUCGGAAUCGUGAUGGAGCAGAGUAGUUUUACGACUAAGAAAAAGGCCAUGACGAAUCCGAGCACUCGUGGCUUUCUCAUCGAGCACAUAAAAUACGCCCCAGGAAUUUCAGAUUUACUCUCAAAAGCGACUCUCGUUUCCGAAGUCAAAUCCGCAACGGAUUGGUCCUACAGCGCUUCGACUUAUGCUGCUCCUUAUAUUCGGAUUGUCGGAGACGCUGGGUGCUUCAUUGACCCACUGUUUUCGUCUGGCGUGCAUCUUGCGCUUACGGGCGCUCUAUCCGCUGCAGCGAGUAUCUGUGCUGUGCUCAGGGGGGACUGUGAUGAGGAUAUUGCUGCCGGAUGGCACAGCCAGAAGAUCCGCGAGACUUACACGAGGUUUUUGCUAGUUGUUACAAGUGCGUAUGCGCAGAUCCGUGGGCAAGAGCGGCCUGUGCUAAAUGAGUAUGACGAGAAGACUUUCGAUCGGGCAUUCAGUUUCUUCCGGCCUAUCAUCCAGGGAACCGUUGAAGUUGGAGGUACGAGGUUGACGAGAGAAGAGGUCGCUCAGUCAGUAGGCUUUUGCAUGCAGGUUAUUCGCAAGGUCAAUGGAGCAAUUGACGGUGAAACGCCCGAUGUGGAAGACCAGUACGGUGAGCAGACCUGUGAUCGGAUCAAGAAGGCCGAGCUCAAGGCUGGUCUGGAUAAGUUUAGCGCAGAUGCUGUGCUGGGAAUGACGGUGAAUCUGCAGCGGGGCGCUCUAGGGCUGGUGAAGGUCGGCUAA